AUGCUCACCGCGGAGCAAAUGCAGCGCGUAGAAAUCUUACAACAAAAAAUAAGCUCCUUCAGAGCACAAGUAGAAAAGCUUGAGCAAUAUUUAGAGAAUCUUCAGGUCGACGCCACCAACGCUAAGUUGAGGCUCAAUGAUUUGACUUCGUUGUGCAAGGAAACGCGGGAGUACAGCGAAGACUUAGAAAUGCUGCAACCGGACAACCCUCAGCUUAGCGCCUUUCUCGGGUUUGAGACGCGAUAUCUCGAAGUUGCCACCGUGGUGCCAAAAAUUCAAAAUCGAGAUCAGACCGCGUUUAAUAGCACGUUGAACACGAGCAGCGUGCUCAUAACAGAACGACAGGAGUUGCUCAGGCUUCCCAAAAUCCGUAUCCCGGUUUUUGAUGGAAAGAGGGAAAAUUGGGCAUCAUAUAAAAAUAAAUUCCUGGCGUUAGUUCAUUCGCGAUCCGAUAUUUCUGACGCGGUAAAAUGCAGCCAACUGUUCGACUCGCUCGUAGGCCAAGCGUUGGCCAAAGUUGGUCAGUUUGACCCCAGCGAACAGGAUUAUUCCAAAGUGUGGCAAACGUUAUUAGACUUCUACGAUCAUAAACGGACCGUAGCCGUAGAGCAUUUGAACGCGAUUCUGGAUCCCCCAAAAAUUACGAAGCCGUCCGCGGAUGAAUUGUCAACUCUCUUAGACACGGCUCGCCUACGUCUCCACAUUCUAGACGGUCUAGGCGCUAGAUCGGGUGAUGAUUUUAUUGUGCGGAUAAUCGAGCGUUGUCUCCCUCCGGUAACGCGAAGUAAGUGGCAGGAUAAACUAGACAUGGAUGAACUUCCUAAACUCGACGGUCUGUUGAACUUCAUCCAAUCCGUGAUGUUAAAGCAUCAAGCUUUUGAUUCGUCCAAUCAUUCGAAACAAGAAAACCAUCCAAGCAAUCAAAAGAAAAGAACAGGAGAAACUCGAGUUCAACCUGUGAAAAGGUUGGCGAAAGGCGAUGUGCACACCUUCGUCACGUCCCGGGCACCCGAAUCGGCUCCGUCAAGCAAUCGGGUGGUUUGUCCGUUAUGUCGCGACCGGCUGUUUAAAUGCCACCGAUUUAUCGCGUUAUCGGUAAAAGAAUGCGGGAAUAUCGUGAGGGAUCUUCAAGCUUGCCGGAAUUGCUUGUGGAAGCAUCCUCUCCCGUGUAAAAGCACACAAAAUUGCAGAGUGUGUCAACAAAAGCAUCACACGCUGCUUCACGCGGAUCAAUCUCAGCGGCCACCGUCCGGGCCUUCACCGUCAGGAUCUUCCGCUUAUGACGAUGGGAGUAGUCGAGCUGCUCGAUCGACAGGAUCGUCGGGUUACGGCGCGGGCGCUUUUGGAUUCCUGUCCUACGGUGAACUUGAUCACGGAGAGAUUUGCUCGCCUCUUAAAUUUACGUACUCAUCGGUGGACGGUCUGUGCACAAUCUCAACUCGUUAUAUAAGGGUCGGGCUAAAUUCUCGGUACAACAAUUUCGCGCAACCACUGAGUUGUUUAUUGGUGCCGCAGAUCGCUAGCUCAGUGCCUCGGGACGCGUUCGCACGCGAUCAAUUUCAUAUUCCAAAAAAUUUGCAACUAGCGGACCCACAAUUUUACUUGCCCAAGUCCAUAGAUUUACUCGUAGCGGCUAAUAUCACCUUGUCGGUUUUAUCAAUCAGUCAAAUCAAACUCGUCCAGGAUCCAUCAACGUUGAUCUUGCAGAAAACGCCUUUAAGCUGGAUUGCUGCCGGAGACUCGGGAAAUUCGAAACUCAAUACGAUCGCAUCGUGUAACGUUAUUAAACUAGAUAAACUCAUCGAACGAUUCUGGCUGAUCGACGAUUUCGAUCAUGAGCCAUUAAAAUCACGCGACGAAGUUGUAUGCGAGCAACACUUUGUCACCAACACUCAACGCGAUAGUACCGGUCGCUACGUUGUACGUCUCCCAUUCAGAGACUCCAAAUUCCAGUUAGGCGAAUCUCGUACCCAAGCCCUCAAGCGUUUUCAGUCGUUAACGAGAAAGCUUGCCGCCAAUCCUUCGUUGGGGCUUGAGUAUGGUAGGGUGAUGGAUGAGUACAUCGCUCUUGGUCAUAUGACUCAGUGUGACGAUGCUGAGGGUGGAUGUUACUUGCCUCACCAUGCUGGGAUCAAGGAAUCCCGCGAAACGACUAAGGUGAGAGUGGUUUUCGAUGCUUCGGGGAAAACGUCCACGGGCAUCUCGCUUAAUGACGCGAUGUUUUUCGGGCCCACCAUCCAAAAUAAUAUUUUUGAACAGGUCAUCCGGUUCCGUACACAUCGGUACGUGAUUACUGCGGACAUCAAAAAGAUGUACCGACAAAUUCUCGUUCAUCCAGAAGAUCGACAAUUCCAGAAGAUCUUCUGGCAUUAUCAGGGUAAAACCCGAACAUUUCAGCUCAAUACCGUGACCUUCGAUACUACAGCGGCUCCUUUCUUGGCCCUCCGCACCCUCCAACAACUUGCUCGCGACGAAGCUCACGCGUUUCCCCGUACCAGUAAACUUCUCCUCAGAGAUUUUUAUGUGGACGACGUCAUCACGGGAGCCGAUCACCUUGACGAACUUAUAAAUAUCCGCGACGAAAUGAUCGCUCUAUUAGCACGGGGAGGAUUUUACAUCCGGAAAUGGGCUUCUAACCAUAACGCGUCUUUAGAGUCUAUUGCGAAACAAACGUUCGAUUUAGAUUGCUUGGUUAGGAAUGAUCCAGUCCAAAAGACCCUCGGGAUCAUUUGGGACGCUCGUGACGAUCUGUUGCGGUACAUAAUCCACCCAAUAGAUCCCAACGCAGUUGCGACCAAACGUAAACUCUUAUCGGAACUGUCUAAGAUUUUUGACCCACUAGGAUUAUUAGCCCCAGUAACACUAUACGCGAAAGUGUUAACCCAGGACCGUUGGAAGGCUAAGGUCACUUGGGAUGAAUCGCUACCUCAGGAGAUUCAUACCAGGUGGAGUGAACUGGCUCUUCAGCUUCCUGUGUUGCAUGAAAUCGCAUUUCCUCGGCAAAUUCGACUUCCGGGUUCAUCAUCAAAUCAAAUUCAUGGUUUUUGUGACGCUGCCAAAUACGGAUACGGAGCGUGUUUAUAUCUUCGAUCGCGCGAUUCACACGGAGAAAUCAAUAUAAGGUUAGUUGGUAGCAAAUCUCGUGUCGCAACGACGUGUGAAGUAACUAUCCCGCGAUUAGCGCUUUGCGCAGCUAGCCUUCUUAAGAAAUUAUACACUGCAACUAAAACUCAGUUCGAAUUCGAGUUAGAUCAAACGUAUUUGUGGUCGGAUUCCACAAUCGUGCUGUGUUGGCUAACGAAAGCCCCUCAUCUUUUGGGACCUUUCGAGACCAACAGAGUAGCCGAUAUUCAAUCUUUGGGAGAUCAAGUCCAAUGGCGACAUGUUCGUUCUGAAGACAAUCCGGCAGAUGCUCUGUCUCGCGGACAACUCCCUUCGGAAUUUCUUCAGGAUUCUCGUUGGACGUCAGGGCCUGAUUGGCUUACUCUCUAUGAAUCGCAUUGGCCGAACGCAGUUCUCCCUGCGAAUUCUCCAAUUCCUGGUUUAAAAACCGGAAUAUGCCUUGUUUCUCAAGCAUCGCCGGAAUCUAUUUAUUCACGUUUUUCAGACUUUAAUCGUCUGCUCCGAGUCAUAUCGUAUAUCUUACGAUGGAGAAAUCAUCGUACUUCUAGUCGUGGGCCAAUUUCUGUUCGAGAAAUCGAAGAGGCUGAAUUCCGUAUUCUGUUAAUGGUUCAACGCGAGCGAUUUCCCGUGGAGCUUCGAAAACUAUCGGUCGAAGAAACCUCAACCAAGGCAAACAUGUCAAUGGUUAAAGGGACGCCUUCCGAUCAACUCAACCCCUUUAUUGACGCGCGUGGACUCCUUCGCGUGGGAGGACGCUUGAGAAAAUCAGACUUAUCGUUCGAUCACAAACAUCCCAUUUUGUUGUCCAGCAAGCACCCGGUUACGGAUCUUAUUAUCACACGAAUACACCAAGAAAACCUUCAUAUCGGUAUUCAGAGCACUCUGCAUGUUAGUCGAUCCAAGUUUUGGAUCUUAAACGGAAAAAAUCAAGUGCGUAAAAUCAUCCAUCAUUGCAUCGAAUGCAUUCGGCAGAAGUCGUGGUUAGGGCACGCGAAGAUGGCAGAUCUUCCGAGCAACCGAUCGUUCCUCAAGGCAUACGGAUCUGUCUUCCUGUGCAUGGUGUCUAAGGCUGUUCAUAUUGAACUUACCACAGACCUGUCGAGUGAGGCCUUUUUGACUGUGUUUCGUCGAUUUAUCAGUCGGAGGGGUGUUCCGGAACACGUAUACUCGGUACCCUCGGUACAACGAUACAAUGCUUUACCGAGGCUUUCGGUUCGUACACAAACGUUCGUAACCAAACGAAUCGAAUGGCAUUUUAAUCCGCCAUUAUCUCCACACAUUGGUGGCAUUUGGGGAGCGGCCGUGAAGAGCUUUAAGCAUCAUCUGAGAAGAGUCGUUAAAGAUCAAAAGCUCACAUAUGAGCAACUCAACAUUUUAUUAAUAGAAAUAGAAGCUAUCUUAAACUCUAGACCCUUAUACGCUCUCUCAGCUGAUCCCAAUGAUCCACUCGCUAUAACUCCGGCCCAUCUCUUAAUCAGUCGAUCUUUCAAUGCAUUUCUUGAACGUUCUUUUUUGCCAGUUCCAGAUAAUCGCCUAUCUGUUUACAAUUUUAUCACGAAGGCCAAACAAGACUUCUUGAGCAAAUGGUACAAGGAGUGCCUUCACGAGAUGCAAGUCCGGCAGAAAUGGCAUGAGUCUACCGCACACCUGGGGGUUGGAUCGGUUGUUCUUCUCAUUGAAGAUGCGGUAGCGUGUUCUCGAUGGCCGCUGGGUGUGAUCCUCGAGGUGUUCCCUGGGAGUAGUGGCAUCGCGAGAGUCGCAUCAAUGAGGACGGCCAACGGAGUCUACAAGCGAAAUAUCACGUGA